UCCGACAACACGUGAUCCAGCGCGCUGGUGUCCUGCAGCGCCAUGCGCGUGGCAUGUCGCGCCGUGCCGAAGGGGUGGCUUUCAUGGGGGCGGCGGUACUUGAGCCGGCAAAGGGGCGUGAUGGUGCAAUGGGACAAUGAACGAGGCUUCGGCAAGGUGCAGAGUACCGAUGGGCGUGAGCUCUUUGUCCACAAGAGCUACCUGAGAGAGGCCGUCACGAAGGGCGCAGCGGUGGACUUCGAAAUUUCCUGGGUCGAGUCCAAGCAGCAGGACCAUGCCAAAGAUGUGCAGCUGUUGAAGCCGGGGACAGGAUCCACACCGGAAGCGAUCGAGACGGAGGGUGACAGUGCCUUCGCGGUGGAGAGUGCUCUCGAACCGCCUGACCUGCCUUCCCUCCCAGAACAUGCGACCGACCGGCAGCACUUGGAGAUGUUGACGCAGCAGAUGGAUCAACUCCGCAAGCGAGGUCAUGAUACCCAGAAGUUGUUGGUCCAGAACCAGCAGUUGUUGGUGCAAAGCCAGCAGCUCUUGGUCCAGGGCCUCUUCGCGCUGAUCCAACAGCAGAAUGUGCAGAACGCCAACCUGGAACGUGCCCUGAAAGCCUUGACCGCGCAGAUGGGCGGAGAGGUGUCGGACCUUCCCGAGGUCAAGGUGCCCAGUCCAUUAGCUUCUUUGGAGGUGCCGGGUAUAGCACUCGCAGCGGCACCAGAGGCGGACAAGAGCAUCAAGAAAGGAAUGGCAGAAAUACGGUAUGGAACAGCCGUGGAACAAAAGGAACCGGAGAAGAAACCGGAGAAGCAAGAGGCAGCAUCAGCAGAAAGUGCCAAAGUAGCCUCAGAAACCAAGGCACCGGACAAGAAAGUGGAGAAGCAAGAGGCAGCAGCAGCAGAAAGCGCCGAAGAAGCCUCAGAGCCUGAGGAGCCAGAGAAGAAUGCGACACCGGAGCCGGUGGAGGCCGCAGAAGGACGUGCUGAAGUGGUCGAAGCUGAGGCACCGGACAAGAAAGUGGAGAAACAAGAGGCAGCAGCAGCAGAAAGCGCCGAAGAAGCCUCAGAGCCUGAGGAGCCAGAGAAGAAUGCGACACCGGAGCCGGUGGAGGCCGCAGAAGGACGUGCUGAAGUGGUCGAAGCUGAGGCGCAUCAAACGACACCGACGCCGGAGGCGAUGGAGGAGGAGAUGGAAAGCUCCAAGGUGGUGCCCGCGAGCUGUGCUUGUUUGGACUCG